AUGGAACACAAUCAUAUAUUAGCAACAACAAACGAAGAAGGAGAAGGACAACCUAUAAGAUGCAAAGCUGCGGUUGCAAGAAAACCAGGUGAACCAUUGGUUAUAGAAGAGAUCAUUGUGGCCCCACCAAUGCCUCAUGAAGUUCGGAUUCGUAUUCUGUGUACUUCUCUCUGCCACAGUGAUUUCACUUUUUGGAAGAUGCAGGAAUCUCCUGGCAUUUUCCCAAGAAUUCUAGGUCACGAGGCAGCUGGGGUUGUGGAAAGUGUGGGAAAGGAUGUAACUGAAGUUACAAAAGGAGAUGUAGUCAUUCCAAUUUUCUUACCUGAUUGUGGAGAGUGUAAAGAUUGCAAAUCAACCAAGAGCAACCGCUGUACUAAUUUCCCGUUCACGGUUUCCCCUUGGAUGCCAAGACAUGAGAGCACUAGAUUCACCGACCUAAACGGAGAGAUCAUAUAUCAUUUCAUGUUUGUUUCAAGUUUUAGCGAGUACACUGUGGUUGACAUCGCCAAUGUAACAAAGAUUGAUUCACAAAUCCCUCCUGACCGGGCAUGUCUUCUCAGUUGCGGUGUUUCAACUGGGGUAGGUGCUGCUUGGAGAACAGCAGGUGUCGAGCCAGGUUCUACGGUUGCUAUUUUCGGGCUGGGAUCUGUUGGAUUAGCAGUAGCAGAGGGAGCUAGACUUUGUGGAGCAACUAGGAUUAUCGGUGUCGAUGUCAUCCCUGAAAAAUUUGAAAUCGGAAAGAAGUUUGGACUUACAGAUUUUGUCCACGGUGAAGAAAGUGGGAACAAACCUGUGAGCCAGGUUAUCAUAGAGAUGACGGACGGAGGAGCAGAUUAUUGCUUUGAAUGUGUUGGUAUGACGUCAUUGGUUCAUGAAGCAUAUGCUUCCUGCAGAAAGGGUUGGGGGAAAACAAUUGUUUUAGGAGUGGACAAGCCAGAAGCUAGAUUGAGUUUUAGUUCAAGUGAGGUUCUUCAUGAUGGGAAGAGCCUCAUGGGAUCCUUGUAUGGAGGACUCAAACCCAAAUCUCAUGUUCCGAUUCUGCUUAAGCGUUACAUGGACAAGGAACUGCAGUUGGAUGAAUUUGUGACUCAUGAAGUGGAGUUUAAGGACAUAAACAAAGCUUUUGAUUUAUUGAGUAAAGGACAGUGUCUUCGAUGUGUCAUUUGGAUGGAAAAGUAA